UAAUCCAAACACAACAGUAGCGCCGGUGUCCAUGCACGUUCCAAUAUUAUUAUAUUUCAAUGGUUUCACAAGGCUCAUCUUCUGUAUGUCGCGUGAUUCAUGGUGGUGCGUGUACUGUGCCGCUGACAAUGAGCCGCGACGGUGACUGUGAUAAGUGAUCUGAUAUAAACCUAUCCUUGUCGCCCAACGCGAGCAGUGGCAGUGGAGAAAGAUCGCACGUUGGCCGCUGUUAGAGCACAUCUCUUGAUGACUCGCGCUUUACGUGGGCCGCAGGCAAGCCGGAGCUCGCAAUUAUGUUCGAUGUACCGCAGAAAUUCUACGAGCUGUGUCGCCUUUGUUUAUCCCUGGACGGUGCCAAGUAUCACAUAUUCGAGGUGGGCGAUGACCAGCAUAAUCUUGCCGAGAAGAUAUCGGCAUGCCUGUCAAUCACGGUAAAAAAUGGUGAUUCAUUACCACCAAUUAUCUGUCAGCGGUGCGUAUACAAUUUAAAUACGUUGGACAACUUUCGCGAAGUGUCUCAAAAGUCCGACGUUUUACUCAAACAGUACCUGGAAUAUACCAAGCAACAGUCUCAUGACGAGCAGGUAUUGGAUUUGAAUUGUUUUGAGAAAGAGUCUUUCUCCACUGCCAAAGUAGCGGGCGAAAGUAGCCCUCUGCAAUCGUUCCUUGUGUUGAAUAGGAAGUUAUUCAACGAGGAGCCUAACUCCAAACCGGCCAGCAUUAAUCAAAACACAAUACCUCAAACUCAAACGCAUCAUCUAGAGUUACAGAGCAGUGAUAUGCAAGAACAUGAUAACAUUAAGUGUGAGCCAGAUGACGACGAUAGUUCCAACAGUUCUGAUCCCGAACGACUGGAGAUCGAAGAUCGCGACGAGCACGAGAUUGAAGGUGAGGAGAAUGGUUACGAUAUGACUGUCAGUAAGAAGAUCCGAGUCGAGAAUAACUAUGAUGGCUCCGAGUCCAAUACGGCGAAUUGUAGUCCAGUUAAUAGAAUGGAUACCCCAGAGAGCAACUGCUCUGACACUAACAUUGAUCAGGAAACGACGAAGCUGUGGCAAGCUUUAGCUAACAACAGAAGCUUGGAAAUUACGCGAACAAAUGGUGAUAAACUGAACAAUGGGUUCACCGGCGAAGCGACUAAUUUGUUGCGCUCUUUGAUCAAUAACAGACAGAUCGGUAUUACUGCCAUUGAUGCGGACAAGAUAUCUCCACAAAUCAGAUUUUAUAGGGAUACUCAAGGGACAGCUACUGAGCGUUCGUUAGCCGAUUUUCCUGUGCUCGGUAAUCGUACCAAUAUAGGAAGCUUUGAAAAUAAGUCUGUACAGAGUGCUUUGAUGGACAGUAAUCCAUCUAGCCCUGCCAGCAUUGGUCGUAAAGAGAUGGCGACAACGACGAAAGGUCGAAGAAAACAGAGCUAUCCCAGUAAAGCUCCAGCAAGUCCGGACAUUAUUGCCAGUUACCAACAUGAGCAUAAUAACGAGGAGCAAGCUCAUGAUUUUACCACAUGGUCGAGCAAGAUAAAGAAUAAAUUAUUUCAGAUGGACGACCAAAAACAACAGUAUGAUCAACAGAGCGGUAACGUGGCGAAAAAGGUUGAUAUGUCUUGUACAAAUUGUGGCACCAUGACAACAACUAUUUGGAGAAGGAACAUGAAGGGUGAAAUGGUGUGCAAUGCUUGUGGGUUGUAUUACAAACUGCAUGGUGUCAAUCGCCCAGUUACUAUGCGAAGGGACACUAUACAUACGCGCAGACGUAGACCCAAAGGCGAGAAACCAUCUAGGCAUAGAAAAAAAGGAGACACAGUCUUAGCGUCUCAGUCGACAAGAGAACAAAUGGAUGCUGAGAGUGCGGAUAUGCUGAAUGCUCUUCGACAACAAAUUCAUCCUCAGCUGAUGAUGCAUGCAGCGUUAACACCUACGCGCAUACCCAGCGGCCAUCCGCCUCCGUCAGUUGCUUAUUCAAUACCUUUGUCUAGUUACAUGAUUCAUCAACAUGUGAAAAACGAGGAGCGUAUGCAACGGCACUUAUCCGUGGAUGAGGAAGUAGACGAAGGCGAUGAAGAGAAUGUCUCCGACGUUCCCCUCAACUUAGUAGCAACUUCACUCUCCGAAGAAACGCAUUAAGAAAAAUCUGGUUUGGCGUUUAGGUAUGCUUUCUCGACCGGCAUAGUCUGUUCGGAUGUGAUGUUAUCCUGAGAUGGAUUUUUAAUGUCCGUUUUGGCAGAUUUCAUCAGUGUUUUUCGCUAAGAGAUCAUUCGCACCGAGGACUAUGACGACGUUCCGUAGAGAAUUAGAAUCAGGCUCACGCCGCGGUGUAAUGCGCACGAUGAAACGAGAUGAUAUUAAUUACUCAGUAUUAAUUAUUCAAGAUGUACAUAUAUAAAUAUUCACAUACAUACGGGGAAUACAUACACACAUGUACACGUACAUACAUACAUACAUACAUACAUAAAAACAUACGCAUAUGAGAAAAUAUUUUUAUACAAAAUUUUAUAUGUGCUCGCCCAUUGUACAUAAACGUACCGCGGAUCCAACUGUGGUGCCGCUCGGAAAUGCUCGUCGUUGUCGUCAAAAUUGUCUUAUUUUACAUUGUGCUAUCUUGAUCAGAUUGAUCUUAUGGAGAUGGUGACAGCGACAGCAUCUCUAACGGUGUACCUGUAACGUCGUUAUGGCUUUCGACAUUCAAUUGUAUUAUGCUUCAAAUUUUAAGGUCCUUAUAAACUUUUAUACGUUGCGUUAUGAAUGUUGGGUUUUUCACUUUAUUUGAACGAAAUUAAAACAAAAAAUAAAA